AUGGGCUUUCCAAUGGCUAUCAACCUUCGCGAGAAGAUCGGACCCAAUGCGACUAUUUUGAUAUGUGAUGUGUCAGCCGAAGCCAUUGAGAAGUUCCAAAGCCAAUCAAAAGAACAGGGACCUGUACAAGUGGUUAAGAAUGGAUUCGAGGCAGUUCAGAAAGCGGACAUCGUUGUCACGAUGCUACCCAAUGGGUCGGCUGUAGAGAGUGUCUAUCUGGACGAAGAGACUGGAAUCCUGUCGGGUAUUCGGCACCGCAAUCCAAAGGCAACAAAGGAACUGAUUAUCAUGGAAUGCGGCACGAUCGAGUCGGCUACCAUCCAGAAAGUGGCACAGGCAACGGAAAGUCUCAAUAAAGACUUUCCGGCUGUCAAGUUCGUUGAUGCCCCGGUGUCAGGAGGUCCGAUGGGGGCCCAGGCAGGGACUCUUACCUUCAUGGUAGGUGGGGAGGCGACCUCAUUCAAGACGGCCGGGGAAAUCCUCCAGCAUAUGGGUAACCCAGACGGAAUCUUCCACUGCGGGGACGUCGGUGCCGGAACGGCAUUCAAGGUCAUCAACAAUUAUCUGUCGGCCAUCACUAGCCUCGCGGCCAGCGAGGCGCUGAAUAUCGGUGCCAAGAUGAACCUAGAUCUAAAGACAUUGACGGAUGUCAUCAAUGUCAGCGGUGGUCAGUGCUGGGUCACAUCCAAAAGUAAUCCGGUGCCUGGUAUCCAUGCAAAUGCGCCCGCGAGCCGAGGAUAUGAAGGUGGGUUCCGGAUCGAACUGUGUUCCAAGGUAUUGCAGAUGGGCAGUGAUUUGGCGAAGAUGGUGGGUGCAAGGACUAUUCUGGAUAAACCGACUUUGGAUGCGUUUCACGAGGCUAGUGAAGAUCCUCGCUAUAAGGGAAAAGAUGCACGCGUAGUGUACAAGUGGUUGAAUGAGCAAUCCUAA